CUACAAAUCAAUAAAUAAAACAAACUGGUGUAGUGUAGUGCACAGUGACUGGUUAAAGUGAGUGAGCGAGUUUAAACAGCGGACGGCAGGGGGCAGCCGCGAGCCGUCCGGCUGGAUUUACGGGGGGAAGAAGGAGGUUGCCGUGGCAACAUCACCACCGUCUCCAGGAGGCUUUACUAUGCUAGCGUUUCCUCCGGGAUUCUUCCCUCUUUUAGAGAACAACUUAUCACAAAGGCAGAGUUUAAACCGGGAAUUAAUCACAACGUCGACGAAGACACCCCGAAGGAGCCGCGUUUAAGCAGCCUGACAGAACCGUCCUCCCCCCGGUGCAGGUAUGUCCAGCCAGCGGCCCCCCUCCAGCCUGGGCAGGCCCUCCAGCCGCAGCGGGGCCCCCGGGGCUGGGAGGCCCCCGACGACGGCCCGAGCCCCCACAGCCAUCCGGGUCCCCACAGGGAUGGUUCCUGGUACCGGUGGUGCUGGUGGUGUGAGGGGGGGCAUGCCCAACCCGGGAGUCCUGUCAGCUCCCAUCAAAGUGACAGACAGGCCUGUGACCCAGCAGGGCCUUAGUGGGAUGAAGACUGGCAUGAAAGGGUCUCAGAGGAAGGUUUUGGAUAAGUCCUACUACUUGGGCCUUCUCAGGAGUAAGACUAACGAGUUGGUCAUAGAGAUCAGCAAACUGGGCAAGGAGAUUGACAACUACAACCAGGAGAACUCUGUCUACCUCUCCUAUGAGAAAAGAGCUGAGGGCCUGGCUGCAGAAAUCAAGGACCUCCAAGGCCAGCUUGCUGACUACAACAUGUUGGUGGACAAGCUCAACACAAACACAGAGAUAGAGGAAAUGGUUAACGACUAUAACGUGUUGAAAGCCCAAAAUGACAGUGAAGCACAAAGUAUCGACAGUAUCUUCACUGAAAGGAGAGGGAGACAAGAAGCAAUCAACGCCCUUGAAGAGGAUAUCAGGAAGGAGCGACGUGUUGCUGACGAAGUUGUCAAGGCAAUGCCGGCCACAAAACGAGAGAAGUAUUUGAGCAUGACGUCAGCCAAUGAGGAACUGCUCCAGGAGCUGGCUGUUUUUCAGGAAGAGCUGGAUAUUCUGGUGACAAAGAAAGAGGACUACGAAGCAGAACUGAGCUACUCGCAGAUAAAGCAGGAAAUGGUGCGACUUCAUGACACCCUGUCAUCACUGGAGGUGAAGCGUGAAGCCAUGGAGGCCGAGCACAAGAGCCUGGGCUCCCCGAGCGAGGAGAGAGAAAAGCUCUAUAAACAGGUGAAAGAGGACAACCAGGAAAUAGCCAGCAUGGAGCGGCAGCUCACUGAGAUCAGGACCAGUACCAGCCAGAUGACGGAGACCCGACACCUGGAGGAGGAUUCAGGGCCAGCUCAGGGGGAGUGUCAUCAGAAAUAUAAGGAACUGAGGAAGAAAGAGGAAGAAAUUGGCCAGUUCCUGGAGUCGUUUGAGGAGCUGAAGGUCCAGGAGCUGGAGAAGCUGAGCCAGACCCAGGAGACCAUCGUCUCCCUGCUGGAGCACUGCAGCAGGAACAUGCUGUGGCUGAACCAGAUGGACACGGUGACGGCCAGCGAGCUGAGGAACAUGCAGGAGGUUCUGGUCAGCAAGGAGACGGAGGUGAUUCAGUCGGAGAGCACGGCCCGAGGGCUGACCACAGAGUCCCAGCGCCUGCAGCAGGACCUGGAGAAGGUGCAGCAGCUGGAGGGGAAGAUCACAGAGGAACUCACCACCCUGAAAAAGCAAGUGAGCACCAUGGAGUCGGAGCUGCACACCUACAGGGACCUGGACGCUCUGAGACACGCAGCGCAGGAGAAGAAGAAGAGACUCCUGCAGGACCAGGUGUCACUGACUCGGGGCCGAGAUUCAUUCCAGCAGCUGUUGGAGGAGAUGAACCAGAAACACGAAGUUCUGAAGACCAAACUUGAAGAAAACGAGACUCACGCUCAGCUGGCUAACCUGGAGAGGAAGUGGCAGCACUUGGAGCAGAACAACUUUGUGAUGAAAGAGUUCAUCGCCUCCAAGUCUCAGGAGAGCGACUACGGCUCCGUGGCCAAGAACGUCUCCCUGCAGGUGGCCGAGUACAACCAGAGCCUGAUCCAGUCCCUGCAGAACAAGAGUUAGACCCUGCACACUCGUCCUGCUGGCCGCUCCGUCCAACGACCUGAGCUGCUGGAAAACUGCCCUGUUCUUAAAGGGGGUGUUCAGCCGCAUUUUGUAAUAAACGUCCAAAAUGUAAUAACUUUUUCAUUUCAUUUUGUAAUAAACUGCCUCAUUUUGUAAUACAUUUUGCCACAUUAUGUAAUAAGUUAUUGCAUUUUGAGAAGAUUAUUAUAAAAUGCACUUCCAACUUUUUUAUUUUCUAGGAAAUGUAAUAUGGUGCAUUAUGUAAAUAAUACCUAUUAUUGUUUGUUUAACAAUGAAUUUAUAGAGUGACUUUUGUUUUUUAUGUCAUUUCAAAUCUAUGUACCGGUAUAAUACUCAGAAUAUAAAUUUAGGUGCCUAUUUGAAGUUUGGAAUUAUAUAGGCCAAUAACAAAUAAACUAUGCUUUAGAAUUAUUACAUAAUGCACCAUGUUAUUACAUUUUCUAGAGAAUAAAAAAGUUGCAAGUGCAUUUUGUAAUAAUCUCUUAUUACAUAAUGCGGCAAAAUUUAUUACAAAAUGCGGCAGUUUAUUACAGAAUGAAAUGACAAAGUUAUUACAUUUUGGACGUUUAUUACAAAAUGCGGCUCAACAGGGGGAAAAAAUGGCUCUUUUCAGUUUGAAGUUUGACUUUAGUGUGUAACUCUUGCAGCUGGCGAGAACCGUGCCAUUCUGUAAAAUGUUCCAACAAAAAGUAUAUUGGUACAAAGUCAGUUUUUUCCAUUUUUAUAUUUAUUGCUUUCAAUUACAGGACAAAAAACAGUUUGCAUAAAAUCCAAAUUCCACUCUAGAAAUAGAUUUGACCCUUCCAGUACAUGGAUAUGAAAGCCACAGUAAACAUCCCUGCUGAGUGGCAGCACUGCAGCGUUUCAGACCCGGGGUGGUGGUGAUGCAGGGACUUCCUGUCCGUCCACAUCUGCUGCUGCAUAACACCCAGAUGUUGAGGGAUCCUCAAGUCUUCAAGGAGAGAAAGAACUUUGCAGAUUUUGCAACAGAAAGUUGAUCAAAGUGAAACUGCUCAGAUCAACAGCCGGAUAUUUGGAGGGCAGUUCUCUCUCCACCACUGGUCACGUUCAGGAAACAAGUGGGAACUUGUACUUCAGCUUUAGAAAUAACGCAGUAAUGGAAGGCUGAGCAGUACUGGGAAAGAAAUGUACAAAGAUAAGCAGCACAUCUUUAAAGCCCUGAAGACAACCAGUAACGGCCCAAGAGUUUCAUCAAAUGUCUGCUGGAAAACAACAGUUUAACCUUCCUUCAGUGUUCAUUAACCCCCCCAAGUAACGGCCCACAAUUUAUGGCUUUUGUGUCACAAGUUCUCACAAACUUUUGAUGGACCAGUGGCUUCAACUAGAGGAACUGAAUAUACGGAGGAGACUACGGUGGCCGACAAGGGCCAAACACACUAACGGCCUAAUGCGUCUCAGUUUAGGAAAACGGC